AUGAAUAUUGAAAAAUUGGUAGCAGAUUUAAAUGAUAUAGAAAAUGAGUUUAAUGAGGAACAUAAAAGUGAAGAUUUUUUGCAUAUAAGCCUAAAAAAAAAUGAUAGUUGUUGUAUUUUGUCUGAUGAAAAUAUUGUGAAUUAUUUUUCAAUUUUUAACAUAAAAAAUGAAUACAAAAAAGCUGAAAUUAAUUUAGAAAAAAUACAAUUAAGUAUUAUAAAUAAUUUAAUUUUUUUACUAAAAUUAAAAAAAAAAUUAUAUGAUCCCGAAAUACUAAAAACUAUUUUAGAAUGCUUAAAUAUUAGCUUUAAAAAUAAAAAUGAGACAAUAGAAAAUGUUUCAGAAGAAAAAUCCUUACAUAUAUAUAAACAGAAUUUACUAAAAAAUAAAUAUUUAUUUUUAAAAAUUCUACGAAAAAUAAAAAACAAAAGUUUUUAUCCUGAUAUAAAACAGUGUAUUAAAGAUGUUACAAGAGAUGUAUUUUCAUUUAAUAAGAGUAUAUAUAAUGGGAGUUUAGGAUUUGAGACUAUCUUAUACUUAUUAUUUAAAUUAUUAAAUAAAAAUUUAAAGAGUGAAAUGAAGAAUUUAUUAUUAAGUUUCUUUUUAUUGUGCAUAAUGAGUAGAACAAAUAAUAGUGUUGAUAUUUUAUAUAUAUUAGAAUAUUUUUAUAAAAAUAAUAAUUUUUCUCUUAUUAUUCCAAAUACUUCUUAUAUAUCACCUUGUGAAGUAAGUAUAUAUAACAAUAUUAUUAUUUUGAAAACUAAUGUAAAAUAUUUUAUCAAUAUAAUAGAUCAAACUAAUUUAUCUUAUAACUGUUAUAACAUCAUUUAUAUUGAUGAAAAUUUAAUUAGUGAUAACUUUUACCUUUAUAUCUAUAAAAUUUUGCUAAAAGAAAAAAAAUAUCAUUACAUAUUUAAUAAUAAAUCAUUUGAAAAUUUAGAUUUCUUUAAUAUUAAUAUGAAUUAUAGUAAGUUAUGCAAAAAUAUAAAUAAUGAAAAAAAUUUGAAUAAUAUAAUAAAAGAACAAAAUAAUGAAUUUAAUAUGGGAUAUAUUUCUGAUAAAGAGGAAUAUUAUCUAAUUAAUAAAGAAAAAAUAAAUGACAAAAUAAAAAAUGGAAAGAAUGUUCAAUCAUUUAUUGAAGAUAUAGAAAUUUCUUCUAACUCCAUUUAUAAUUUUAGUGACAAUGAAAUUGAUAUAAAAAAAAUAAAUGAACAAAACAGUUUUUAUUUAAAUAUUAAUAAUGAUUUAGAUAAAAAAAAAAAAAAUUUUUUUUAUCAAUAUUUAAUUAUUGAAUUAAAUCAAUAA